AUGCACAUGAAGGACGAGGGGGAUAAGGAGAAGGAGAAGGCGCAGGACGAGGCGGUGCGCCUCCACCGGACCAUCGGGCUGCUGCCCGCCGUGUGCUUCAUCAUCGGGACGGUGGUGGGCAGCGGGAUCUUCAUCGCCCCGAAGGGAGUGCUGAUGAACAGUGGCAGCGUGGGGCUGUCUCUGCUGGUCUGGGCGCUGUGUGGCGUCCUCUCCCUGUUCGGGGCCUUAUGCUAUGCCGAACUGGGCACCACUUUCACCAAGUCCGGGGGUCACUACACAUAUCUGCUGGAGACGCUGGGGCCACUGCCGGCUUUCCUGCGGCUCUGGGUUGAAUUUUUCUUUAUCAGGCCAGCUGUGGCUUCUUAUGUGUCCCUGGCUUUUGGACGGUAUGUGGUGGAGCCGUUUUACGCGCCGUGUGCAGCUCCUACAAUCCUGAUCCAGCUCGUCAGUAUCCUCGGAGUGACGUUUGUGAUCGUAGUCAACUGUCUGAGCGUGAGCUUGGCCUCUCGCACGCAGGUCACCUUGACUUUCAUUAAGAUGGGCGCUCUGGUCCUCAUCAUCGUCCCCGGCACCAUCGCAUUAGCCAACGGGAAGACCCAAAAUUUCCAGAAUGGUUUCGAGAUGCACGCGUUGACGCUGGAGAAGUUGCCCCUGGCUUUCUACAACGGCCUAUAUGCCUAUGGCGGAUGGUUUUAUUUGAACUAUGUCACUGAAGAGAUCAUAAACCCAAACAGGAACAUCCCGCUGGCGAUCAUCUUCUCCAUGGUGACGGUGACCUUCUUUUACGUGCUUGUUAACGUGGCCUACUACACCAUGAUGACCCCCGCCGAGCUGCUUCUGUCCGACGCCGUGGCCGUCACGUUUGCCCGACGGGCAUUCCAGGGACUGUCGUCCGUGAUCCCCGCCCUGGUGGCCCUGUCCUGCCUGGGAGCGAUGAACGGCGGCUUCUUCGGCGUGCCCCGGAUGCUGUUUGUGGGGGCCAGGGAGGGCCAGUGGCCGGCCAUCUUCUCCAUGAUUCACAUCCGGAGACGGACGCCUCUGCCCGCCGUGCUGUUACUGUACCCCUUGACGGUGCUGAUGUUGACCAGCGGAGAGAUCUACAACCUCAUCAGCUUCGCCUCCUUUUCUCGGUGGUUCUUCAUCGCCUUGGCAACGCUGGGGAUGCUCAUCCACCGCUACCGCUUCCCUCUGCACCCGAGGCCCUUCAAGGUGCCGCUGGCCAUCGCCGUGGUCUUCACGGUGGUCUGCUUCUUCAUCGUGGGCCUGUCCCUGUACUCGGACCCCUGGAACACCGGCUGGAGCUGCUUCCUGACGCUCACCGGGAUCCCGGUCUACUACCUGACCGUGCAGCGAUACCGCCUGCCUCGCCGAUGGAGACGCGUCUUCAACUAUUGCAGCAAGCAGCUUCAGAUUCUUCUGGAAGUGGCUCAACAGGAAGUCCAAACAUACUGACGGCCCCAAAGAAUACCCAGAAUCCCCAUCUGUCUUCUCGAAGCCACUUUGACACGUUUAAGGGAAGAUUUAGAGAUUUUACUUGAAAAAUGGUUCAUGCUGGAAACACAAUUCCACUUUUUUUGUAACUUUCGUGUGAAAUGUAGAAGAGACACUUCUAGAAUUUUUAACUCUACUUAAUGUAGAUUUUUAACAACUAA